AGCCGAGCAAAACGUACAAAGACGUAGUGGGAAGGCCCACCUUCUUGCGUCUUUGCAUGCGCCAGUUUUUCAGUGACGUAAAACUCGGGAGACACUGUUCCGUACAUGUUAGAUGCGUGGGGCUUUUCAUUCUAAAUAUGGGAAAACAGAAGCAAGCAAAAAAAUACGCAAAAAUGAAGCGGAUGAUAAGUCUAAAGGAUCAGAGAAUAAAAGAGCAGGAUAGAGCAAAAUCUCAACCAAAAAAGAAAGAAGAUCCAUCUGCAAUUAAGGAACAAGAAGUACCCAAGUACCCUUCCUGCCUUUUUUUUCAAUAUAAUACACAGCUUGGUCCUCCGUACUAUAUCUUGGUUGACACAAACUUUAUUAACUUUUCAAUUAAAGCAAAACUGGAUAUUGUGCAAUCUAUGAUGGACUGCCUGUAUGCCAAAUGCGUGCCAUGUAUUACAGACUGUGUAAUGGGUGAGAUUGAGAAACUGGGUCAGAAAUUCAGAGUAGCACUCAGAAUUGCCAAAGACCCACGGUUUGAAAGAUUACCUUGUACACACAAGGGAAUAUAUGCAGAUGAUUGCUUAGUCCAAAGAGUCACACAGCACAAGUGUUACAUUGUAGCCACAGUGGAUAGAGACUUGAAAAGAAGAAUUCGAAAAAUUCCUGGUGUCCCUAUCAUGUACAUUUCAAACCACAGAUACAAUAUUGAAAGGAUGCCAGAUGAUUACGGUGCUCCCAGAUUGUAAAGUACUGCACUAUGACAUUACUGUACAUAAAAGGCAUUUUCUACCAACAGGAAAAUAACUUGUUAAUAAACACCUUUGAAAUGAGAUGCAACGCAAUGGAAUAAACUGUACAUUUUAUUUACCAUAGUACUUUAUGAAGUACAUUCAUUAUAGGUUAAUUUUAAAAAGGAGCAAAUAUGCUAUUGUUAGAAAUGGUGCUGUAUCUUCAAUGCAGAUAAAGACCCAUUUAAACUUCUACUUUGAAAAUGAAGCUAUCAAUAAAAAUGGCUUGUAUAUGUUAUAUUUGUAUACAGUAUACUAUUAUGCCUUUAUUUUCUCUACUAAUGAGAAAUGGAUAGUUUAUUCACAGUAAAUUGGGUAGAAUGACUUAAGUUUUACUGUACCUAACACACAGCCUGUUUUAAUAUAGUAUUAAGAAAUUAAAUUCACCAUCAUUCAGAGUCUGUCAAUAGUUUGAUUAUUGUAUCAAAAAAUCCUGCAUUAAAAAAUAGAUAACUAUAUAACGUUGAGCCUUUUGCAAUUCUGGCAGAUGCAGACUUGUUGACUUUAAUAAAUGUUGUUUUGUUCUGAUUUUCA